AUGGUGAUGGAAGAAGAGAAUCGACAACGGUUCAAAACGUUCGUGAACAAAAUCGCUACCACUCGGUUGGAAGGAGACGAAAAAAUUCUAGUACUCAAACCAAAAUAUACUUCCACCUCAAACCCACCUCCGUCUCCAUCUUUUUCCCCUUUAACAUAUCCCCCUCAUUGCGACCCUCGAAACUCCAUCGGUAUUCCAGUAUCCCCAUCACAUUCCCUGAAUGAGUCGUUGGUUUCUUCAUCGCCUAGACAGCCUCCUCCUUAUAGACCGCCACCACCGGUCAAUGCAAGUUCAAAUUCUUUGGAUACAUUGUCAAUGGACUCCAUGUCAUCUCUUGGUGAUGCCCCUCCACAGGUUCCACCAAGGGAAAGAAGACGAGACUCCGACAGGUCGAAGUCUGUUGUGGACGAGUCUACGCCGAAGAAAGCAAAUAUCGAGCCGAGUCCAAACGAAGACGUGCAAACUGUCAGCGUCAAAGAACGGACUCAGAAAUUCAAUAGAUUAGCUUCUGUUGACGAUGAACUGAGUCCGCGUCAGCCGAAGUCUGCAGAGAAAGAAAACCGAAGACCUAACUGGGGGGCCGACGAAGACGACAGCGCCUCCGUCAUACCGCUGGAACCGAAAAAGUGCAUGGAAUGGUAUGUAACAGCUAGCAAGGGUGACUACCAAGAACUGUUGCGGUUGGCUAAUUCGGAACCCAGACUAGUCAAUAAGAAG